AUGCUCAAAAGCUGCGCCAUCCUUGCAGAGCAGUUGCAGUGUUUGUCAAUCGUGGCUUGUUCCAGUGGGAGAGGAGUCAGUGAGGAUGCUGAUGUGCAGCAAAGAUUGCGGCUUUACUUUGCUGACAAAAGCAAGAAAGGUGGUGAACAUCAGUACUCAGAAGACUUGGAGCAGAAGGCCAAGAUCUAUGUUGAAUGUGAUUAUGAAACAGAAGAAAACGAAUGUUUGACAAUCGAACAGGGCACAACACUCGUGGAAAGUCCCUAUGACAAUGAUGACGAUCUCAGCUUAGUUUUCACUGAGGUUACUCGUAAUUGGAAUGAUGGUGAGGACCGCUUAUCAGCAGAAUUGCUCGAAGAGGUAGGUAUCAACAUGCAAGAGCCAUAA